UGUCUUUUGUGUGUGUUUGAGACUCAAAACCUGCUCUGAAAGAAACUCAAAUAUCCCACCCACUUCCCACCAGCAUUCUGGGCCCUAUUCACAGUCGGAAAUUAAAUUCCGAAAGAUAUCAGUAUUUAGGCGUAUUCAGAUUAGAACUCGAUUUUCUGCACAAGCUUUUUGAAUGCAUAUCACAUCUGUGUAAUUCAUACCUCUACGGUUGCCAGAUUCUACUUCCAAGGUAUGGCUUUUAUCUUCUCUACUUGUUCUUUUUUUAACCCACUUGCUUUUAAGGCCCACAAAAAUAUUAACUAGAAAUGUGAACUGAACAGUUCAGAUGUCUUACCUUUUUGAACACUCGGAAGUCGAUGCAUCUUUUUUGUUGUUGACACACAAGAAUCCGUUAGUGCUUUAUAAUCAUUUUGUAUUCAGUGUUUUUUUUCUUUUUACUCUAUAACUUGUUUUUUUGCUUUCUACUACACAGUCACCAAAAGUGAUGUCUGGAAAUCUGUUCUUAUUAAUUACUUAACAACAACCAAUAAGUAUGUAAAACAAACCCAGUGUAAAAUCCUACAGGGUCACACUGCAAUAGCCAUUUAGUCUAAUGGGAAAACAGUCAGAUGGGCAUGAUUCACUGCAACACCACAGGCACAAAAAAAAAAAAAAAAAAGAUAACCAGCUAAGUAACAUCAUUAGGAAAAGCAUAACUAAUAUUUCUUUGUGUUUUGCAUAAAUACAUGCCAAAAAAAAAAAAAUUAAACGCUUCCUAUCUAUUGCAUUGUUCUGAAUCAAGUCAAACAUCAGCCACAAAAUAUAUAAUAUAUACAAAUGAUAGUUGAAGUCUAAUUUUAAUGCAAUAUUAGAGAUAUUAAUAUUAUUAUAAUUUGCAACAUUGUUAAAAUAGGAAUUUGUAAAUUGGAAAAAGUUUGUAUACACCAGACCAUAAGAUUCAUAUCUGCUUUUUGAGCAUCCCAUUCUGCAUUUAGUCCGUAUUUGCUCUAAUAAUAACUUCCAUUCUUCUGGGAAGAUGUUCCUCUAGAUUUUGGAGUGUACUUGUGGAGAUUUGCUUAUUCAGCCACAAGGGUGUUAGUAAAGUCAGGUACUGAUGUAGGUCAGGUGAGGAGGCCUGCGGUGCAGUCAGUGUUUACAUUUAUCCCAAAGGUAUAAAUUCAUUAGGGUUAAGGUCAGAGCUGAAUAGCAGGCCAUUCCAGAUCUUACCGUUCAACCCAUGUAAACCAUAUCUUUAUGGAGCUGGCUUUAGGGGUACUGUCAUAUGGGAACAGGGUUGUACCUGUUGUGCCCAUGUGACUUUGAAAUCCUUCAAAAAUCUAUCCAAAUUAUGAUGGUGAUAAUCAAUGCAAGGAGAAUAUUCCAAUAUAAUAUUUAAAUAAACAGACAACAUUCAAUGGGGUAGAAGGAAACUAAUUACAGCUUCUACCAUCAUUACAACCAUGACUUCUCUCUCACAAAGCAAACAGAAUCACCCCAAAAUGAUGAUGGAAAAAUAUUUCCAUUGCAACUGAUCGUAUUUGCAUUGCGUUUUGUCAGUCAAAGUUUUCGCAAAUAUAUUUUAAGACCGUUUUAAUAAUCAUCCUUUAUUUAAGCCCAACCAUGACUGUUGUGAACAGACUGACCACGUUAUAACAAGCAUGGACUCGUAUUUGGUUUAUCGUGGACUUUUGCUCCCCAAGACCGUUCACACAGAGGACAGCCUCAACUAUUACGAGUCGAUCCAAUUUCAGGACGACGACGUGAUCCUGAUUACAUACCCCAAAUCUGGUACAACAUGGAUGCAGGAAAUUCUGCCCUCUCUCCUGAAUGGAGGAGAUCCCACUCCAGUACUGACCAUCCCGAGCUGGAUCAGGGUUCCAUGGCUGGAGCAGGUGUGCAUUCCUGAAGUCAUGCACACCCUCAGUGCUCCUCGGGCCUUUGUCUCUCAUAUGCCUUUUAAUCUGAUGCCUCCCUCCUUCUUUACUUCUAAGGCUAAGGUCAUUUAUAUUACUAGAAACCCCAAGGAUGUUGCAGUUUCCCAUUUUUAUUUCAACCAAAUGGCUAGUUUUCUGCCUGACCCUGGAAAUUUUGAGGAAUAUGCUAACAACUUCUUAGCAGGGAAAGUCAUCUAUGGAAAGUGGACGGAUCAUGUGAAGAGUUGGAGAAACCCGGGCUUAGGAGACAGAAUUCUCUACAUCACGUAUGAGGAGAUGAUUCAGGAUGUGUAUGGAGUUAUCAAAUGCGUUUUAGGCUUUCUUGAUCGUCAGUUGAGCGAAGACGCUUUGAAAGGUGUGGUCGAACAGUGCCAAUUUAAGAACAUGAAGCAAAACAAAAUGUCCAAUUACUCGCUGGUGCCACCAGACUACUUGGACACCAGCAAGUCUUCUUUCCUACGAAAAGGAAUUGCUGGAGACUGGAAGAAUCACUUUAGCCCUGAAUUGGACGCCAAAUUUAACGAGGUCAUUAACGAAGAACUGAAGGGAACUGACUAUAGAUUUCUGUGGGAACAAGUUCAACACAAUUGAAAUCCAAUUUAUUAAAAUUUUGAGGUCAGAUGAAUGAAAGAUUUGAGUGAAAAUCUUAUUUCCGAUUUACUAUUUCUCUCACUCGUUUCCAAAUGUUAACAUUGAAAUUUGAGAUAUUUUGGAAUAUGUUCAGAUGAAAAGCAGUGAAAAAGUUUACAUAUAUGUCUGUACAGCACUAUAAGGUUUACAGCUGCGUAGUUUGUGCUAACAUAUUCAAGCCUCCCCUGAACAUCACAUGAUUGUUAUCAUCACAUCAUUACUAAUUAUUCACACCUCUUCCUUGUUACACCUGUUUGAGUUUCUGUGUGUUUGUCAAACCUUUGGUAAUGUUUUUAUGUUUUGUGUGUGUGUAUGUCUCAGGUAACCUUUGUGUAGUAUCCAUUAUUUCUUUUGUUUAUUCUGUUGUUGUUUUCUGUAUUUGAUUAUUUUGGUUUUGAUUACUUUUUAAACUUGUUGCACUUGCGUUCAAGCGCCUACCACUCCUGCUUACCAUUGUAGUAUGCCCUUGGCUUGGGUGGAGUCAAUAAAUAAGUACUUAGAAUUCAUUAAUUAAAUCUUUUUCAAUUUCAAAUGGUGAAACAGUGUGUUCAGAAAUGCCUUUACAAUUUACAGGGGAUUGACCUGUGGACACUCCACAUAAUUACAUUCAUAUUUAGCAUUAUUAAAAAGAGUUUAAGGACUUCUUCAAGAUGUGCUGUUAUAUGAAAAUAGAAUCCUUUUUUGGGCUGGUAACAGUAUCACACCAGCCAAAUGCUGAUUACUGAUUAUAACAGAACAAGUUUUUUGUUUUAUUGCCUUGUAUUAAAAGUUGUCUGCUUUUAUGCAUAUAUUCAGGUGUACUAUUUAGUUUACAGGUUAAAAACAAUCUGAAAUAAAAAAUACAAUUGCAUUAUCCCAUAAA